AUGCAGAUCAAGAUCAAGACUUUGACUGGCAAGGAGAUUGAGCUGGACAUCGAGCCCACACACACGGCGCAAAAGAUCAAGGAGCAGCUGGAGGAGAAGGAGGGCAUCCCUCCCGCACAGCAACGGCUCAUCUUCCUCGGAAAGGCCAUGCCCGACGAGAAGACUGCGCAAGAACUCAAGAUCGAAGCCGGCUCGACUCUCCACCUCAUCCUCAGUCUCCGAGGCGGUCGCUGCUAG